AUGUCUGAAGAUACUAGGAUAAUUAAUGCAAUAUCAGGGAAAUGUAUAUCAACUAAUAUUAGGUAUUUUACCUCAUAUAAUAACUUGAAGGAUUUUAUUAAUAUAAAAUGGGGUAUACCAACAGAACAAAUUUUGAUCUUACUUCCUUAUGGUACAAAACUAAAACAAUCAACUUUUGAAAGUUAUUUGUCAUUUAAUAACUCCGAAUUACAAACAUUCUAUCAGGGAACAAACGCUAAUAAUAAUACUGCAAGUUCAAUAUUUUUACAGAAAGAAUUUUAUGUUUAUGAUCGGCGCUUAUUUUCUUUGGUCAAUAAACCAACUUUAACCUCAGAUGGAGGGGACCAUCCCGCAAGUGAGCUAACAAAAGAAACAUCAUCGCCUUCAUCUGAUGAAAAUUUAAUAACUAAUUCUAGAAAGAUUGUAAAAAGUAUUGUGUCAGAAAAUAUUCUAUCUACAGAAUUAGCUCUAAUACGACCAGUGCCGUCUCCCUUAAUGGAAACGAAGUUUAAAGGUACUGAUUCCAAAUCAUAUCAUAAUAUAACUACUUCAUUAGUGACAAAUAUUGGUUGGUUAAGUGCAUUAGAGAUCGAUGUUCAUUAUUUGGAACAAUUAAUCAGAGAUAUAUCUGAUGAUAUAUUGUGUAUUAUAAAAUGUUUAUUUAUGGCAGAUCAAUAUUUGAAAAAAUAUACAUUUGAUGUUGAAGAAUUAUACAAUUCUAAUGUAUCGUUUUUAAAACAAUUAUCUGGCGUGAAAAAUGAUUCUAAAUGGAUUCAUUAUUACAGUAAGAUUUUAAAUAAUCUUAAAGCGUUAAACAAGAAUACCAUGCAACAAUACGUAAACAAGACUAAACUUGAUGCUGAUUUUGAAACGAUAAAAGAAUUAGAUAGCAAAGUAAAUUCAGAUUUAAUUGAUGUUAAGAAUGAUAUUGAUACAAAUUUCUCACAAAGAAACAUUAUUUUAAAAAGCAUACAAAAUGUAGAAAUUCGUUUUACUCCAUCAAAUGAUAAAUAUGAACUUGAAGAUGAAAUGCUUUUAAAAUUUACUGAAUUAAUGAAUGAUAUAAAAUCAGAAAGUAGAUCAAUUCUAGAUAAGAAAUCCGAAGAAUUUUCAAUAGAAGAUAUCGAGAAUAUUGUGACAAAUAUAAUAGAAACUAACCAUAAAUCAACUGUAAGCAAAUUAUAUAUUAUUUCUCAGGCUUUAUAUACCAAAGUCGAAGAUUUUCUUUUAUUAAAACAUUCUUUACAAGAACAAACGGUUAUAAUACUGGGACAAAUAUCAUUCUCGCAAAUUGAAAUAUUGAAGAUGAAAAAAAUUCUUCUAAACAGUUGCAAUACAAAUUUGAAAAUAUAUCAGGACACUUUAAAGCAAUUCACACAAGUAGAAGAUAUACCUUUCAUAUACGGAUUAUACAUGAUAGAAUUGUAUCGUAGAAAUCUGUGGCUUUUAAGAGUUUUAAAUGAUUUGAAAUCUUUUAUUCGUGGACUUUCUGUUCAAACCGAUAAAGAAAAGAGUGCAAGAGAUGAUUGGGCCAGUCUUUAUGGUCUAGUGGCAUCUUUAUUUACAGACAAUGUUACUGGUAUAAAUGAUUUUACUGAAUUAAAAAAAAUGAUAAUAAGUAACCAAUUUCUUUCAGAUAUAGAGAAUGUUAUAAUUCCGAAACACCAGAAUGAAACGAAACGUAUACUUCAAACAUUAAACGAUUACUUACAAAAAUUAACAGGGUUGGAUAUUAUAAGUGAUGUACAUAUCGUAUUAAGAAAGAAACUUCAGGAGGUUAAUUACCUAAGUGCAACAUUAUCGGAAAAUAUCAUGGAAAGUUUUAGAAACCCUGAAGAUCGAAUCAAAUAUUAUAGAAACCGUGUAAUGAAAUUAGAGUCCGUUCUACAUGAUACAUAUAUUAAUAAUAGUCAACAUUGGCCGACAGGGAUUAUUUCUUCUCCCUUUCAUAUGUAUGGACCUUCAAAUACAGAAUUACCAUCCACAUCAAUUAACGAACUUCCCAUCGUAAUAUCUACCGAACCAGAAAGCAAGAAGAAUGUGUCAUCUAGCUCAAAAGAAGAGAUAGAUAAAUUGAGAAAGGUUGAACAAGAUCAAAAACGGGAGAUUAAUAAACAAAACUUAAAAUUAACAGACUUACAACUAGAAACUAAUGCAUGUAGGGAAACAUUGAAUCACCUGAAUAAGGAACUAUUCAGAUUAACCACACUUCGGGAAGAAUUUGAAAAAGAUAGUAUAGAGAAGGCAUUGGAGUAUAAAGAAGGAAUACAAAAAUUAGUUGAACAAAAUGUUGUAUAUUCCAAUCAGGUUGCUAGUUUGAAGAAUGAACUGACAUGUAUCAAAGAAGAACAUGAAGUCACGAUUAGACGUCAAGCUACUGCAUCAGAGCAAUGGGAUUUGGAACGACAAAAAUUACAAAAAGAAAUAGAAGAAUUAAAGCAAGGUAAAAAUGAGUCAGAGGAGCAUUCUGCAUCGGAACAUAUGGAUAGAGAUAUUUGUAACGUGUCUGUUCAGGCUUCUGGUUGUGAACAAAAUAUUGGCACUCAAACAGAUGCUUGGGAGAUACCAGAGUCUGUAGUCAACACCGAGCUACAAUUGCAAAACAAGAAUUUACAAAAUAUAAUUUUCCAAAUGUUCCAAAGGAACAUUUAUAUUCUAGAAAAUAUUGGCCUAUUGCUUGUCUCAAAGGAUGAAGAUAUGACUAAUAAUGACGACAGCUCUGCCACCGAUAGACUCUCUAGUGAGAACUUUUCAAUCAAGAGAGUGAAGGGACUGAAAAAGAGUAUGGAUAAAAGUUUCUCGAAUCGUAGUUCCAUGGUAUUGGAUGAUAAUAGUACUACAAUUCCCGAUAAAGCCAUUCAAAGUUCGGUUUAUCGUUCGGUUCAGAAGUUCUAUCAAGAUACACAAAAUAACGGAAAUAUAGUACUUGGAAAAGAAGCAUUAGAUUUUCUUAAACGUAUUUACGACAAUGGUUUGUAUGAGAGUUCUGUUAUAAGAAGAUUUAAUGACGUCGAAUUAUUAGCCAAGAAAAUGACUAAAGAAGUAAAAUCAAAGAAACUUUUGCUCGACAGAUUUCAGGCUGAGAAAAUUACAGUUAAGGAUUUUCAACUAGGAGAUACAGCGUUGUUUUUGCCUACUAGUGACGGACAUACUCUAGAUCACGGAUAUUCUAUUUCAUCAUUAAACUCCUCCUUUUCUUCGAUUGAUAUUUCGACACCCCCUCCUGUUAGGAAUAGUGAAGAUAAAUCUAAUUUAGGAACUCUUACGAAGAUAUCAGACAAGACCUUAUUAGAAGAACGUAAAAAAGUACGUCCUUGGGCAGCAUUUACAGCGUUUGAGAAGGAUAUAAAAUAUUUUUAUUCUAACAAAGAGCACCAAGGGAAUUUACGUGAUGAAGAAUGGUUUAUCGGUAAAAUUACUGACAUGGAAAAGUACUUUGUUACUGAUGAUUCAUUUAAUAACGCAAAAGAAAAUCCUUACAAAUUAUCAAGAGGUACUGUCUGGUACCAAGUGAAGGCGACAAUUAUAGCACAUCCUACUCUGGAAUAA